AAAUGUCAAGAGUUCUUUUCCCACGAUAGAUCCAUUAUUUUAUGUACCAUUAAAUCACUAGUAAAUUAAACAAAACAAAUAACACAACUCCCUAUAAUGGAAACCUCAACACAUAAAUCUAAGAGAAAAAUGCCUAAAAUAGAAGAGAUGACUAAAGAGCAAAUAAGUCAAACGAUCAUCAAAAAACGAGAAUGCAAUGCCAAAGCACAAAAAAUAGUGGAAAGUUUGUUAGAAAGGUCUAUUACAGAGAAGUUCUUUUUGCAGUGUUUACCAGACAUUAAUCAAUGUCACUUCGACGACAUUGUUGAAGAAAGAGCAAUAAUACAGUUGUGUGGUUAUCCCAUCUGUCAAAACAAGCUCUCCACAAAAGAUAUUCCCAAACAAACGUAUAGAAUAUCGUUGAAAACGAACAAGGUUUACGAUAUUACCACACGAAAAAGUUUUUGUAGUAACAGCUGUUAUAAAUCUGCAGUAUAUGUGAAGAGACAAAUGCUGACUAGCCCACUGUGGUUCAGAGAGUAUGAAGAAGUACCGAAUUUCCACUUACUACCAUACGAUACCAUUGGUAGUCUAGGCCAAGAAGUUGACUUGGGUUUGGUAGAAAAAAUUGAAACUAAAUCUGAUAAUAAAUUAAUUUGUGUCAACGAGUUAGCUAAUGCAGCUUUCACUGAAAUGGGCAGUAAUAUUGAGGUAUCCAAAAGUAUUGAAGCAAAUCAAUCACUUCAAUCAAACCUAGAUAAUAUUAAUAAUGAAGGAGAAUGCAAUUAUAGUUCAAACUAUGUAGAAAGGAGAAAAAUAGAAAAUGAAUUUCCUAAUGGUCCAAAGGUAACUUCACUUGCAGGUACAAGUAAAGUAGAAAAAAAGAAAAAAUCUCUAACAAAUCCAUUAAAUAUAGUUGGUGAUAUUGUGGAAAAGCCUGAAAGAAAAAUUGAUCCAAUACUCCAAUGUGAUCCCUAUAAAUCUAUCAACAAAGAAGGUGAAAAUACAAGGCCACCUAAAGUAACAAAAAAGAAACAACCUAAAGUCACCAUAUUAACAAUUGAAGUAGAGAAAUGUUUAGCUGAAUGGUUUACUGUGGAUACAUUACUGCUGAUAUUUGGUGAAGAGAAGACUAAAGAAAUGCUCACCGACAAAGGAGAAUGUAUUAAAGAAUACCUUAACAAUUAUGCUAAGAGUGUAUUUUACACAUCAAACAGCUAUGAUCAGUACCAGGCUUUAUGUAGGAAGCUGAAUAUGCUGGAGCUGGAAGAGAAACGAUUAGAUGCUCAUCAAACUUUACAACGGGAAACAAAACCAUUGCCUGAUUAUUCAAUUUUACAAGAAGAAAGUAAAAGAAUACAAUUAAAAGUCAAGGCUUUUUUCUCUGGAGAAACUGAAAUCUCCGAAAUUAAUGAUAUAGGAGAGAAACCUGAGAAUGAAUAUGAAGAAAACUCACAGGUUACACAACUGCCGUUAGUCCACAAACAUGCUCAAAAUGCUCUACGUAGAAGAAUUGUUUGUGAACAUUUAAAUAAAGUACUGCCAGAUAUAUUGAAAUCUCUUGGAAUGUUGUCUCUGUCAAUUAGUUCUGAUGUCCGUCUUCUAGUAAAUACUUUUCAACUGAAAGCAAAUAAUAUAAUGUUCAAACCUAUUCAAUGGACAUUGAUUGCUAUAAUAGUCAUCAAAUUACUUUCUCUUAGAGAUAAAAGACUGGAAUAUUUGUUAGAACAACCAACAGCUUUUCAACAUCUUCAAUUGCUUUUGUUGAGUUACAACCAGGAUGGAGGUUACCUGGACAGGCUUAUAUCAUGGCUGACAGACACUGACCGAUUGUUAGAUACUAAUGAUACCCAACUGACUGUAGAAUAGCCUCUUUAUUAUUAUUUGAAUUAUUGUGAUAAUAGGAAUUAUUAAUUUAUUAAAGUAGUGUUAUGCUUAAACGCUGUAAGUGG